UAAGUCAAUAUCUACAUUUUAUGUAGUAUGUUUCCGUCUUUGAAACAUUAAGGUUCUAAUUUUUCAUUUCGGAAUUACAGCAUUACAAUUUUGUGGAUUAUCUUGUCAAGACUAGAGUGAUUGGUUUUGGCGAUUGAAUAAUAAUAGAACGACCGAUUACGAUUUUUUGAGGUUUAACGACACACCGACACAAUAAUAGUUCAUAGUGAGACUUUCUAGCUUUUUGUGGUGCAUGAAGACCAAAGGUACCUCUUCGGCUAAUCUCGAACAGCCGACUGUCUCUAAGGCAGCUUGAUGGCAUGAAAAAUUCUACAGCUCCGGCAAACGAAUAAUAUAGUAAAUAAUUUCUUGUUAAUAUUGUUACACCCAUGUUAUAUCGAUCUGGCGUAUUUGAUAGCGUUACGUUUAUGUACAGCUACAUAUUUUAGCCGAUAAUUCGGAAAACCCACGAAUGAUUUUCUUUUUGCGGGGAAAUAUCGGAAAGAUACGUUAAUACAAUCAGCGAGUUCGUGGACUUAUACUUGUUUGAUAUGGGGAUCCUACAAAAAAUACAACUUUUCCUUUUUUUGACGAUGUUUUGCCUGUUAGCGAUGCUGAAAAUUGACUCUUACAUCUGGAAAAUCAAUAAAAAUGUGCCUAAUCAUAGGGACCGUUACCUGCAAGCAGUUGUUAACACCACAAGACCACAUAUCAUACUGAUUGUUGCAGACGAUUUGGGAUAUAAUGAUGUUGGCUAUCAUGGAUCUGAAAUAAAGACACCAAAUGUUGACAAAUUAGCCCUAUCCGGGGUUAGGCUAGAAAACUACUAUGUCCAGCCCGUAUGUACUCCAACAAGAGGUCAGCUUCUUACAGGCAGAUAUCAGAUUCAUACAGGUUUACAAUGGGUUUUAUGGCCAGGAACGCCAUUAGGCUUGGCGCUAGAUAAUCCAACAAUUGCAGACAAGAUGAGAGAAGCAGGUUAUGCAACACAUAUAGUUGGGAAGUGGCAUGUUGGCUUUUACAAAAAAGAAUAUUUACCUACAUAUCGGGGCUUCGACAGUUUCUUUGGCUACGUGUCAGGACAUACGGAUUACUAUACUUACAAAACGCAUCAUGAGGACAUGAGUGGGAUUGACCUAAUGGAAAAUGACCAACCGGCUAAUAUUUCCAAGUACUACGGCAAAUAUUCAACAAGACUGUUUACUAACAAAGCCGAAGACAUCAUACGAAAACACAACCCUGCAACGCCAAUGUUUUUGUACCUGCCGUAUCAAGCUGUACAUGGACCACUCCAAGCACCAAAAGCUUAUGUUGAUCAAUAUGAACAUAUACACCAGACUUCUAGAAAAAUACACGCAGGGAUAGCAACGUGUAUGGAUGAUGCGGUUGGAGCCAUUGUAAAUACACUGAAACUGCGAGGAAUGUGGAACAAUACCGUGCUUAUCUUCACAACAGACAAUGGCGGCAAAAUAAAUAAGGGAAGUAGUAACUUGCCAUUACGAGGAGGAAAGGGAAUGCUGUAUGAAGGUGGAAUACGCGCAGUUGGCUUCGUACACAGCAUGCUUUUAGAUGAGAAGGUGAAAGGAUCUAUUUCGAAGGAACUUAUGCACGUGACAGACUGGUUUCCUACUUUGGUCAAACUUGCGGGAGGAAACUUAAAUGGAACUAAUCCUUUAGAUGGAUUUGACCAGUGGGAGACAAUCAGGUAUGGUAUGCAAAGUACCCGCUCAGAAAUACUCCAUGACAUUCUACCUAAAGACGGGAGUAAAGUCGACCCUGUUAACGACAACAUUUUAAAUGCAACCAAACGAUCGUCAAUCAGAAUUGGAGACUGGAAACUUAUGACAGGAGACGUAUCGGUCCAAUUCCAAGGCGAACAGAUGCUAUCUAUCUGUACAAUAUACAAGAUGAUCCAAAUGAAACCAAUGACUUAUCUGGGUUAUUACCGGAGAAAGUACACAAUAUGCUUCAAAGAAUCGAGCAUUACAGGAAAGGCAUGGUUCCGUGUCCAUUACCAGAUAUAGACUGGCGAGCAAAUCCUAGAAUUCGUAAUGGGUUUUGGGAACCGUGGUUAUAACUUUUACAAUCUAUGCCUAGUCAUUCAGUAUUGUGUAUUGUACUUUAUCACUGUUCAAUUCAAUUUUAAAUGAUGUUACGCCGAGUUAUUGGUGUGUAAUUGUUGAUAUUUUCUGAUAAAUAAUUUAUCGUUUCUGAUAGAAAAAGUAACUAAGUAGGUUCGGAUUUAAUAGAUGCUAGAUAUUAAAACAAGCGCUUAUCUCAAUAGAAAGAAAAACAUCUACAAAGUCUGAUUUAUUUUAAGUGAAAUGAAGCUAUUGCACCGUCAUUUUCGGAACACAGGAAAAUACGAAUGCUACAUGAUUGGUUAUUUAAUACUUGCUCUAUUUACAGCUUAUUCUUUAGCAGCUCAAUAAGCUUUUCCUUUUAGUGUAGUGGAAAGAAAACAUCGCGUUUAAUCAUAAUUAUUAUUAAGUCAAGGUCAAACUAAAUGAGUGUGGUCAGAUUUAUAAUCGAUGAAAUAAUUUUGCAAAUAGCCUUGGAUUAUGAAGUCUUGGAUAUAUACAUUUUAUAUGGAUGUGACGGUUGGAAACCAAGUUACAUUUUAGACGAUGUGAAUGAUGACAAGAAACAAAAAUAAAAGAUAAAAGGAAAAAAGCAGUGACAGUGAUAAUUCAAAUCCAACAAAGAGCAGAGGACGACGGGAACAUCUCCGGUGGUAAAUUUAGGUAACAAUGAUUGUUGUCAAAAUUAUCCAUAUAACGGUCCAUUUACACAACCUUUAUAUGACGAAAAUUGCUUUGACAAUAGUGUGUUUUCACCCGAUAGUACUUUAUACUAUCAGUUUAACGAAAGUAUAACAGAUCAGAACUUAAAUGGAGUCAUGAAUCAACAAGUUGCACAUACAAUGCCAAUGUACCAAAAUACAAAUAUUGAGACAAUGUCCCAGCAGACUCCCAACAAAACGGUCAGCAACGAGGAUUUGUAACGGUCGCCUGGAGAGUGCUGGGCCAUACACCUUCUGUAGGCAUAAUGGUUGAAGCGUAAUUGACUACUUACUAUCAAGAGAAAGUGACUUUUCAUGCAUAGUUAACAUUGAAAUAAUGAAAUUCAAUGAAUUAUUGGAUCACUAUCCGUUAUCGUUUACAAUAGGUACACGGGUGAUCAAUGAUCAGGACAUUAAUAUGCAGAUUGUGUACGAGGGUUGUCGAUAUAUAUAUAUCUAAAUUUGCCCCCAGUGCUUCAGGAAAUUCUUCUAUUGUUUCAUAUUCCUCAGAUUUUUCUGAUUCAUUAGCUAUCGGAACCAGUUUUUCAGUUAUUCCAAUAUUUUCUCUUCCAUAAUCUUCUAUUUUUUUUAUUUAUCUCCAGGUAUCCAUCUUACAGGUUUUUUUUCUCUCUCCCCCAUCCCCCCCCCCCCCCCCCCCCUCCCAAUCUACUGGUGUAUAUUCUUGUUCUCUUAUAGAUUUUUCAUCUUCUCCAGGAGACCCUGUAAUUGGUAGCGGUUCUUGGAAUAGCUGCGGUAAACCUUGAUAUGUUUGUAUGUCUUUUAUUUCAUCACCGAGUGACUGUAAGUGUUCUUUAUUUUCAGGCAAUGCUUUUAAAUGGCUUGACAAUUCUUCUUUUUGACUUUUUAUUCCUUCUGUAAUUGGGUUAUAAAUUUCACUUUACAUUUCUCCAAUUAUUUCUUCUCUUUUAGCUUUUACUUUUUGUUCAACUAUGUUGUUUAUUUCUCUCAUUUCUUUAAGUUUUGCUAGCAUUUAUAUAAUAAUAUAAGAUAAUGAAAGAUAAUGUAAUAUUAUUAUAUAAUGAAAAUUCCUAAUUAUGGUACAAAAAGUUAUAAAUCUAAUAACUUUAAGCAAAUUAAGCAAUAUCUUUUCAUGCCAGAUUCAUGUUUUAAAAUGUUAAUAUGUGGAUCUUCCGGAUCAGGACAAACAAAUACAUUAAUGCGUAUGCUUCGAAAACCUCUUAAUAUACAUUUUGAUAAAUUACACCUGUAUGCUAAAAACCUAAUACAAUCUAAAUAUUAGGAUUUAAUUAAUUUCUCAAAUGAAAUUGCUAAAAGAAUUAAAGUAGAUCCAAAUGAAAUACUUGAAUAUUCUAAUAAUGAAAUAAUUGACGUAAAUGAACUUGAAUCAGAAAAACAAAUAGUAGUAAUAUUUGAUGAUUUUAUAUGUGGAGAAAAAAAGUUUCAAAAUGAAUAACAAAAUAUUUUAUUCAAGGACGUCACAAAAACUGUUCUGUUAUUUAUUUAAGUCAGUCUUACUUAAUGUAAGACUUUUUAUUAAAAGAGGAAACGUUUUAUUAAAAGAGGUUACGACCCAACUGUUUUGAGACAUACCGCAUGUUUAGUGUUCAACCCGUUUACAGUUGGACACUACGCUUCCCUCUUUGAUUGUGUCUGACGGAAGAGGGGGAGGACUCUAUGGUAAGCAGUUUUUAAAUCCUACCAGGACUUAACUGUCUUGAUAUCUGUCUUCUGGCCUGUUUCGUCGGGCCCUUAAGGGUGUUUCUCUUGUUGCUCUGUCUUCUGAAAAGGCAUUGAGUACAUACGUUUUUGGUUCUAAAAGUUUGCUUUUUAUAUACACGAGCAUUUUUGUGUUUUACAUGUCAUGCCUUUUUGUUUCCAGUACGUGUGUUAGAGAUUCACCUGGAGGGGAUUACUUUUAUUUGCACUGUCCCGUGUCUUUGGAACAUGGUGGGGGUAAGAAUGAGGUUGGGUGCGCACCAUAAGCUGGAUUAAGCUCCUCAGUGGUGUUUCUGCCACUGACCGUUCCAAGGCGGUGCCCCACUGUGUUCCUUUGUUUGUUCGUUUUGUCCUAAUGUGUUGGCUUUUUGUGUGUGCGCGUGUAUGUGUGUGUGUGUGUUUGUGGUGCACGCGUUUGCGUGCUGUGGGUUUUGGGGAGGCUGCGUUUUUGGUACGUGGCAUUCCCUGUUUGACAUUUGUCUUUGGUUGUUUUUUUUUACUAAAAGACACCAAAAGAUAUCCGAAUUAACUGUUCACACAUAUCUUCUUUGAAAGUCCAGGUAAAAUGGAAAAAGAUAUGAUUUGUAAUGAGCAAAAUGUAAAUCGUGAUUCUUUUGCUAAUGCAACAAAACAAAUAUAUGAUUUCUUAUAUGUUGACAAACCAAGGAAGUUUUUAAGACAAAACUUUACCGGAAUUAUAUAAUAAUUAUAUAAAGGGAAUUUUUAAUGAUGUAAAACAAAUAUUUUAAUUAAGUGAACCUGACAAUAUAAAGAAAGUUAAAUUUGAUAUUGAUU